UCAUUAAAAAAAAGGGUAAGAAAUAAAAUAAGGCUUGAACCCUAAACUGAUGGUUGUCUACCUCAGUAUAGCGUUGAUGAGGUGCGCUCUUUGAUGAUAACUCUGAGUAUAGGUCAGAGAAGAUCGUAGGUGAAUCCAAGGUGUUUGAUCAUGGAGGGAGAAGAGAGUGUGUUGGAUGCUAUAUAUGAAGAUGAAGACGGGUUUGAAACCAUGGAAGAUGUUGAUAUGGUUGAUGUGGAAGAAGGGGAGAUUGCUGGUGACCAUGAUUUACAUUCUGGAGAGGGACAGAAUGGUGGCAUGGAUGGAGACAAGGAUAAAGAUGGGAUCUUGGGUAACAAGGAUGGGCAGAAUCAGCCAAACAAGAACAAGAGGAAGAAGAAUAAGAAGAAGAAGAAGAGAAGAAACGGUCCUGUGAUGGGGAAGCCCAUGGAUUUAGACAGGUUUGUUAGGGAUACUUGUAGACGCCUCAAGGAGAAGAAGUCUUACAUGGUAUACACUGCUGUUGGGUGUCUUGGAAUUCCUGCCUUAAGUGAUCUUGUCAAUGAGGUGGAAGCAAUCGAGACAUGUGGAGGUCAGGUGACUGCUGAUGGUAGUAGGAAACGAUCAGGAGGUGGUGUGUUGUGGAACAUCAUCAAAGCGAGACAACCCGCAUCUUACAGAGAGAUAAUGAAAAAGACCAGGGAUUUUGAGAAGCAAUUCAGGUAUCCUAACACAAGACCAAAGUUAGGGCCAAAAAAAGAUGAGGGUAGCUCCUCCGAAGGACUUGCCUCCGCAAAUGCAUCUUCUGAUGAAGCUCUGAUCCCUGACAUGUGUGCUAUGCCGGUAGCUGAGCAGACUGAAUCCAACCCGCAAAAAGAAAGGAAAUCUGUUCAUGAGAGGAUCAGAGUACCUGUUUCGUAUGAUGACCUUUUUUUCGGAGAAGUACCUGUGGAUGCUUCAGAAGCACAAGCGCAAGACUCUUCUGUUUAAGCUCUUCAUUUAUAACAUGUUUGCCUUGGAAUUUUUUUUUUGACUUGGUAAACAAUUAUAAGUUUAUAUGACUAAGAAGCUGGGUUACUUGCGGAAAGCAAAGGUUUUGUUGAGAAAUAUAAUUAACCCAUCUAUAUACCCA